AUGUCUGUAGAGUUGCGACCUCUAGGUAUUAAGAUUGAACCGAAUGAGACGUUCCUCUCAUUGGAUACCAAUCAAAAUGUCAUUGUACUGUCAACAAGCAGUGGCUUUGGAUAUAUACCAUUGACAAACUCAAAGGAUCGUGGAUUCUAUUGCUCGGACAAACCUAUAAAGGAUGUCAAGUUCUCAGCCAGUGGAAUAUACGCUGCAGCUCAAUUCAAUGAUACUGAUAUAGAAAUACUUAACUUGCAUGAUGGACGUAGAGUUAUACUACAGACAAGAUACAAGUCAACAAAGGGCACAACAAUAUUGGGAUGUUAUUUCUUAUCAUCAAAGCUUGACACUCUACUUGUCAUCACAAACAUAUCACUCGAACUCUAUCAGAUCAACUCUGCACAGAUUGAAAUCCAAUGCAAACUAGCCAAAGACGUCAAGCACAAGAUACAUACAUUUGUCUUUUCCGCCAAGGCAUCGAUUGUAUUGACUUAUGGAGGCGCUGGAAACACGAUACAGCCUUAUAAGUUCACACCUACUUAUAUUGAACGAUUGGCAAAGUUCGCAGUGGAUAGUCCGGGCCCUUUGGACCUUAAUGGAUUGUAUCUCUCGGUGCUCAGCGGCAAGAAUAUAUGUGUGUUCACGGAUCGCAAUCAAAUGGCCAUUUACCAGCUCAACUCUGAGGUGGUGUACCGCACGCUACACAUCAAGCUGUUGAUGUCGGGUGCCAACUCUAUUCAUUUCGUCGACAACAUAAUCAUCAUGCACUUCAAUCAGUACAAGGUGUCGAUGGUGUACGAUCCCAACAUGCUAAAGGACCCCGAGAACUUCCCCAUCUCGGCCAUCCCCAUGGUGCUUGCGACUUCACUCACGCACUCUAGCUCGUCGGGCUCGCUCCAGCAGCUCAGCAUGCAUCACCCACAGCAGCAACAACAACAGCAGCAACAACUCUAUCUGGACACAUGGCGCUUCAUCUCGCCCAACUACAUCUAUGACACGGCCAACGGACAUUGGUACGAGGUGACGCUCAACUUUGAGAAGAUCUCCAACUUCUUCCAGGUGGACACACACAAGAUCAUCCCAUUCCUCCAGCUGCGCUCUAGCAUGGGCGCCAAGCUGGCACUGUUUGAGCACAUCAGGUAUAUCAUUGAGUAUCGAUCAGAGUCGCUCGAGACCCUGGGCAAGAUCUUCGACUCGCUCAACAACGACCUGGUGCAAAACGCUGGCAAGAACCAUACACAGAUGCUCUACCAACAUCUCAACAAGAGUGGCAGCUCUGAGAACCUCAAGCAAUCACUGGGCAGCAGCUCCACACUACUAAAGUCGUCAGCGUCAUCGACAGAUCUGGCGGCACAGUCGACCACUACCACUAACCUGGGCGGCAGUCUGAGACAGGAUUCAUUGGCGCAGAAGCCAAGGUUCGUGCCACCGCCCUCGUCAACAACGCGUCCUUCCAACGGAGUCAGUCUGAGCAGUAGCAGAGGCGCCGCCAAUGCACUGAGAACCAGCAAUGACACGUCAAGCGACAACAUUUCACAAGGUUUGCCACAUGUGCAACAUGCAGCCAGCGUCAACAACAACAAUGCACUAUCACAAUCACAAUCACAAACACAAUCACAGUCACAGUCGCAGUCCGCUGCAACUCAGACAAAGAUUGCAACGAGAGGUCUUACAACAAUCAUCGUCAACUCUGAAGACCUUCACGAACAUGUAUUCUAUCCAAUCUACGAAUCGUUAAUUCACAAGAUACAGGACAUCAAGGAGUGCAAGACACGCACGCCACAGGAGCAAAAGAAGGCCCUGAGGCAGGCCGAGAUGGACUCCAAGUUCCUCAUCGCCGUCGUCACCGAGUACAUCCGCUCACUCAACUUCAAGUACUGUGGUCGAUCAGACAAGUUGUACACAUUGCUAAUCAGUUUGUUCAUUGACAAUCAAAUGUUCUCACAACUUCAUCGAUUCCUACAAUAUAAUGUUGUGGAGGACUCUGAGAGCAUUGCGAUCAAACUGUUGGCAAUUGGCGAGAGUUAUCCACCUGCACUACAGCUGUCGUUGGACAUGUUCAAGCGAUUGAAUCAACAGGACGUGAUCAUUUCGACGCUGUUGGAGAAGAAGCAGGUGUUGCUGGCAUUGCGCUACAUGCGCAGCACGAUGAAGAAGUACAACGCCCAUGUCAACGUCUUUUUAUUGUACGCCUCACAACAGAAUGACGACACACUCUUUUACACCGUCUACAAGUUCUUUGAGCAAUCCAAUCAAUUGGACAACUGUGACAAAUAUGUAGCACUAUUCAAUGAGAAGUUCAAGCCUACCUCUGCUUCUGCUGGCCAUCCACAUCAUCAAAGGUCAUCUUCCGCCUCAACUUCAUCAACACCAGGAUCCGUUGUCGGUUCAACAACGCCGCCAAUUACAUCCAAAUAA